AACAUGACACUCAAAACCAUUAUUUAAAUAUAAACAAAAACAAACUCCAAAUCUCUAUAUCACACAUCUUUUCUCAUCUCACCCCAUUUCACACAUUAACAUUCAUUCAAUCUCACUCAACAAGCUCAAACAUGUUCACUUCCAAAUCUGAUCAAACCCAAAAAACAAUCCUCCAAAUCAAACAAGAUGACAAGUUUUUCUGCAGACUUCUUACAAAAGAAAGUUCCAUUUCCAACCCAUCUUUUAGAAUAGCUCUAACUGUACCUUUUGUCUGGGAAUCUCAACCUGGCACACCUAAACACUCUCUCUCUCAACAAUCUCUUCCUCCUCUCACUCCUCCACCUUCUUAUUAUUCAUGCAAACCAUUACCUGUUAAGACUAACUUCAGAUCCAAUCUUCUUCUAGCACUUUUCCCAAAACUAAAUCUUAAAAAAACCAUUAAGUCUUCUUCAUCAUCAUUUUCACCUUCUAAUUCUUCAUCUUCUUCUUCGUCUUCUUCUUCAUCCAACUCAUCUAAAGUUGUUCCUCUAAGGAAAAUUGGAACAAAGAAACGUUUCUUAAGCUGUGGUUCAUCUUUUGAUUUUAGAGGAGAACAAGAACAUGUCGCUUCACCUACUUCAAUACUAUGUUUUGGUCUUCCUCGUUCAACUAGCACUAAGGUUAAUAGUGGAUUCCUAGGAUUCUCCAAAAGGUAAUCUUUAAGGUUGUUCUGUAAUCUAAGUAACCUAAGUGCAUGUUUGGAUUCGCGGUGAAUUUAGAUUUUGUUGAAGUUUUAAAGUGUAUUAUUUGUCAAAAUCGCGCGUUAAUAGACCGUGAUUCUGUCAGACUCGUCGUCAAUACAAAUAUGCAUUUAAUUAGAGUUGUAAUUAAUCUCUUUGAUUUACUCUUGAUGUUUAAAGGGUAACCAAAUUUUCUAGGAUAGUGUUGGUUUUUGAGUUUGUUUCUUAUCAAAUAAUGGGUUUGAUUAAUUAUAAUGUGUAUUAAUUGUGAUGUUUUAUGAUGUUUAAUCUUUAAACAAUCAUACAUAGCUUAUGUAUGGUCUUU